GGGAGUCCCUCAAUAGGGAGGGGAAGUCAGAAGAGAGAAGACUGGGGGCUGAAUUCAGUGCGGAAGGAAGCAUCGCCUCGCCGGAAUACUGACUGGGAUUUCAGUUCCGGACUGAAGGGUGGAGAAAUUGCUGAGUGAGGGAGAGCCUGGUGGGGCAGGAGAAAGGAGGACCCCACUAAUGAUGGCAAAGAGGGAGGCAAGGGGAAAGGUUACCGCGGAAUCGCUUCGUUCUCUAUGGAACAGGCAUUCCGGGGAGCCCGGGGGAAGAGGACGGUGGGGUGGGAGUGCUGCUAACCCUUAAGGAAGGAGUUCAGGCAGUUUAUGGAGGAUUGGAAGGAGGAGCCCGGGGGGAGGCUGCUUAGCCCCAUUGGCAAAGGGCAAGGAUACGGCUUGGGGCAGCGCCCCCAGCUCAGUUGAGGGGUGGGGCGGGGUCUAAUGUCGGAGCGGCCUCCGGGGCCAGAGGCCUCUCGAGAGGUGCCAUAAAGCCCCAUUCGGUUCCAAGUCCUCUGGUCUCCCAAAGUCCCCCAGCCUCCUCGAAUUUAUCCUCGCCUCCAGCUCGUCCGUCCCUGCGGGCUUUCGGGAGUGCCUCGCCUUCCUCACACUCCAUUUGCAUCCUUGCGCUAGCUGUCCCCCACAGGGAACGCGCCGGCCCUUCAUCUCCAAGUUUUGGCUGCCUUCGGGUUUUAGUUCAAAUCCUCCCAUGGGUCUGGGGCGGGAGGCCGGGGGGGGGGGGGGCUUUCUGGAUCCCUGCGCCCGCCCCCUCGAGAUUUCCCGGUCUAUAUCUUGGCGGAAUGCGGUCUCCCAGGUCAGACUGGGCAGGGGCCGGGCUUAGCACGGCUCCUGGCAUGUAGAGGGGAGCGCAGUAACCCGGGCAGGUGCCCAGCAGAGUUGGGGAGGGCCAGCACGGCUCGAAUACCACCGGCGUGGGGAAGGAGGGGGCCGGUGAAGUAGCGGGCGCUGGCAGGGAGGACUGGGGGUCAGCUGCCCUCCCUUCCCCCGCUCCCAGGCUGGGAUGUCUCGGAGGGGGCGGGCUUAGGUCCGGGCUGUACCAUCUCUGCCCGACUGGAGGGGGAGCAGCUGGGAUCGGAGCGCCCGUGGCCCUCCUUUGGGUCCCCGCGACGCGUCCAGUCCCCGCUCGGUCAGUCACUCCAGGAUGAGAUCACUCGCUCUGUGACGGGAGAAGGGGGCCCAGGCUCGCUGUCGGGGGCCGUCCCCCGGCUCUCCCCUCUGGCCUCCCCCUCGGCGCGCGGGAGCAGUGGUGGCGCCCCUCCCCCGCCAGAGGACACAAUGUAACAGUCGGCGACCGCAUCCGCGUUCUAUUUCCGAGCUUUGGCCGCGUCGCCUUCCAGCCUCCUGCAGUAGCUAUCCAUCCCGGCAGGGCCAAAGCCGGCGCUCCAGCCAUGGCCAUCCAAGUCCGUGUGGUCUACUGUGGUGCCUGAGGUUACAAGCCCAAGUAUCUGUUGCUGAAGAAGAAGCUAGAGGAUGAAUUCCCCGGCCUCCUGGACAUCAAUGGGGAGGGGACCCCGGAGGUCACCGGCUUCUUUGAAGUAACGGUUGCUGGGAAACUUGUCCACUCCAAGAAGGCUGGACAUGGCUUCGUGGACACUGCGGACAAAUACCUACAAAUUGUAGCCGAGAUAAAGGCGGCCCUGGCCUAGUGGCGCCUGAAGGCUGAGCUCCAGGGCCUCGUCUCGGCCCCUGCCCCCGAUGCUCCAUGACGGGAAGGAUCGAAAUGUCCUCAGGAUUCCUGGUUCUUCCCUGAAAUCCUCGCAGCUGUUGGGCUGGGGCUGAGGCUGAUGCCCUGAGCCUGCCCCAAGUGUGUGUGUUCCCCCUUCUCCCAAGAUGCACCUCUCCUGCCGCCUGCCGGAGUCUUCCUGCCCCAAACACUGUUGUGCCCCUUCCUCAGCAGCCCCUCUGGGACCUUUUGGGCCUUCCCUGCCCAGGAGCUGUCCAGCCUCCUUCGGCCUCAGAGAUCUCCUCUGUAAAAUGAGGGAGCCAUGGCCUCCCAGGAGCCUCCUCUGCCGCCACUCCCUUGACCCGGCAGGGCCCAGGAAGGCCCAGGAGUACCCAAGAAACAGGCUUUGCAACAAAGGCUAAUAAAGAGAAAGAGUCCA